UGCCAUUAUACAAUGUCACCACAUAAUUACAGGGGAUCAAAGAUAAGAGACACUUUAGUUUGUCGCAUAUAAGAUUUAAAGUUUCCAUCAAAAUUUUGGCAAAACAACGAAGGUUACCAUAGAAGUAGUUGGGACGUCAUCAUGAUGAACAUCAAACUGACGUGUACAUCUGUCAUCCUACAGCUGCUGUUUAUAUUUCAAGUGCAGGGACAGUUUGACCCUAUUGCGUUCACCCUCGGACAGGAUUCCCACGUCAACAUCCUGGAUGUAGCAAAUGCUACCCAAAUACCAUUUUCUGUGGUGAUCACUAACCACCAAGCUGCCUCACUUAACUCGGGCGUUUUCACAUGUAGCGAAGCUGGAUUGUACAAAUUUCAAGUUUACUCUCUCACGAAGAGUGAUACUAACGUGUUUCUCGAGCUAUACGUCAAUGAUAAACUUGUCGCAUCGCUUUGGGGCCACACCCCUGGAGACUAUGCGGCCGCCGGAAAUGCUGUUAUUCUACCGCUGAUGAGCGGAGAUUUCGUAAAGGUCAUGUCCAGGAGCCAGUAUGCUGUUAAUGUAUAUGGGACCCCAGAUGAAAUAUACACGACUUUUACCGGCGUUCAGCUUGGCUCUCUGGAAUUAAACACUGAAGGUUCUAAAUUGUCGGCAUUUUCCGUCACUUUAAAUCAACACCAGGAUAUAAUUGGAGGCCAGAACGUCUUGUACAAUAAUAUACUAACUGACGUAAAUGGAGCUUAUGAUGUCACAUCCGGCGUAUACACAGUGCCCUCUAGCGGACUGUACAUUUUUCACUUCUUCAGCUUAGCCCGCCAGAACAAAGAGUUAUACCAAGACCUGUACCACAACAAUCAGUAUGUGUGUUCGAUAUACGGACUAACCGACCAGGACUGGGCUGACGCCGGAAAUACCGUGCUGCUGCAUCUCAAACAAAAUGAUGAAAUCAGCAUCCGUGCGGAUGGAAACAACAGUCUUUACGGAGCCGCCGAUCAGAUUUAUACCACUUUCUCAGGGGCUCAGUUGGUCACAGACACUGAUAUGAACUCUGGUCAAGAAAAAAUCAUUGCGUUCUCUGUUGGACUGUCCCAUCAUGCAACAGUCACCAGUAAUAACAAGGUUAUAUUCGACCGGAUCUUCCUUGAUCUUCAACACGCGUAUAAUCAGAUGUCUGGAGAAUUUAUUGUCCCUGUAUCUGGACUGUACGAGUUCAACUACCAUGCCCUUGGCAAGCAGAAUGGAAAAAUCUGGCUCGAAUUGGUACAUAACUACAGAUAUGUAAACUCUCUGUACAGCCACACACCCAACCACUACGCCACUGCCGGAAAUUCUGCUGUCCUAGACUUAGACGCUGGGGACGUGGUCUUUGUAAAAUCUCAUGGUGACGUGGACCUGUAUGGCACCGAUAAGGAAGUUUAUUGUACUUUCACUGGGUAUUUACUUGCCCCAAUUAGUACCAACAAUGAAAUUGUUGGCUAAAAUAAAGUCACACUUAUACAAUUA